CACACAGCCAGCCACCCUCGGCGCUCCAACAUGUGUGGAGGAUUCUAGAAAGCUAUGAACUAGAGCCUGUGGCUUUUCCUGCCUUAAGCCCAGCCCCUCCGCGCCCACAUGGAAGAAAAAACGUUGCGAGUCACUACUUCACACGAAAUGCCACUAACGGAGAAGCCACGGAAGCACCACCAGCGUCACAAAACCCAGAGAAACACAACAGAACCCGACACUGACAAAGGGAGUGCCCCGCCCUUCCCCUGGAAGCUUGUCUCUGGAUGCCUGGCUGUCGCCUGCCUGCUCCUGAUGGCUGUCACCCUCACCCUGGCCGCUGUCACCGCAGAGCUGUCUUCUGAAAAGACACCAGCGAUCCAGCAGAAAGCGCUUCUUGAGGAUUCUUGCCCAGAGCACUGGGUUUGGUUCCGGUGCUGCUGUUACUACCUCUCCAAGGAGAUGCUGACCUGGAGAGACAGCCAGCGCGCCUGCUCAGCCCGCAGUUCCAGCCUCCUGCUCAUGGAUGGAGAAGAGAUGAAGUUCUUCUCUUUGAACUCUUUCUUUUGGAUUGAGGGGUUCUACAAUACCACUGGAAAACAGAGACUACUGAAGAAGGAGAAUGAUCAGGCUUUGUGUUUGAAUGGGCCUUUUUCUCCUGAAUUUGAAAUGCAGCGACAGUGUCAGUCUUACAAGUCAGAAGAAGUUUAUUCUUGUGAGAACUGCAACAAGAAAAAGAAAUACAUUUGUAAGAAUGACAAGGGCAGCCGAGCGUCCGGUGGCUCCCGCCUGUAA